AUGAGAGAAGCUUUCAGUGGAGAUGAGAGUUGGGAUGAUCCCUUACAAUCCCAAACUAUGAAUGCUUGGACAUCAUGGUUAGAGCAGCUGAGUAGUCUAGACGCAGUUCACAUCUCGCGGUGUCUCCUGCCUGUGUCGUUUUCUGAGUGUGUCAGAAAGACAUUGCAUAUUUUUUGUGACGCUUCGGAGAAAGCAGUUGCUGCAUGUGCUUAUCUCAGAAGUGUGACUGUUGAUGAGGAAGUACAUAUGGGAUUUGUGUUUGGCAAAUGCAAAGUUGCUCCAAAAAGUGGACACACCAUUCCAAGGCUCGAGCUUUGUGCCUCUGUUCUCGCAGUUGAACUUGGAGAGAUGCUGUCAAGGGAACUAGGUUUACCAUUGGAAGUCAUUGAAUAUUACACGGACAGUAAAGUAGUGCUUGGCUAUCUGUCCAACGAGCAUCAGCGCUUUUAUCUGUACGUGUGCAACCGCGUCUCCAGAAUUCGUAAGAGUUCUUCUCCAUCUCAGUGGAACUAUGUGGCGACACAUGACAACCCUGCAGAUCAAGGAACCUGUGGCCUUCUACAUGAACAAUUAUGUGGAAGCUUGUGGUUACAAGGACCAAAUUUCCUCAGAGAAAACAACGAAAAGAAGUGGUUUCAAUUUGAAUUAACCGCCGGGAACAACAUUCUGAUUGGCUAA